AUGAUCACAGUCAACCCCGAUGGGAAGAUAAUGGUCAGAAGAUGCCUGGUCACCCUGAGACCCUUUCGGCUUUUUGUCCUGGGCAUUGGCUUCUUCUCACUCUGCUUCCUGAUGACGUCUCUGGGAGGCCAGUUCUCAGCCCGGCGCCCGGGGGACUCCCCCUUCACUGUCCGCACAGAAGUGAUGGGUGGGCCGGAGUCCCGCGGUGUCCUCCGCAAGAUGAGUGACCUGUUGGAGCUGAUGGUGAAGCGCGUGGACACGCUGGCCAGACUGGAGAACAGCAGUGAGCUGCACCGGGCUGCCGGCAACAGGCACUUCCCUGUGGACAGGCUACCCCCUGGGGCUGGCCUCAUGGAGCGGAUCCAGGCCAUAGCCCAGAACGUCUCGGACAUCGCCGUGAAGGUGGACCAGAUCCUGCGCCACAGCCUGCUCCUGCACAGCAAGGUGUCUGAAGGCCGGCGGGACCAGUGUGAGGCACCCAGCGACCCCAAGUUCCCUGACUGCUCAGGGAAGGUAGAGUGGAUGCGUGCCCGCUGGACCUCUGACCCCUGCUACGCCUUCUUCGGGGUGGACGGCACCGAGUGCUCCUUCCUCAUCUACCUCAGUGAGGUCGAGUGGUUCUGCCCCCCGCUGCCCUGGAGGAACCAGACGGCCACCCAGAGAGCCCGCAAGCCCCUCCCCAAAGUCCAGGCAGUCUUCCGGAGCAAUCUGUCCCGCCUCCUGGAGCUGAUGGACAGCAGGAAGGAGUCUCUAAUCUUCAUGAAGAAACGUACCAAGCGGCUCACGGCCCAGUGGGCACUGGCUGCCCAGCGCCUGGCGCAGAAGCUGGGCGGCGCCCGGAGGGACCAGAAACAGAUCCUUGUCCACAUCGGCUUCCUGACGGAGGAGUCCGGGGACGUGUUCAGCCCGCGGGUGCUGAAGGGCGGGCCCCUGGGGGAGAUGGUGCAGUGGGCAGACAUCCUGGCUGCUCUCUACGUUCUGGGCCACGGCCUCCGGAUCACAGUGUCCCUGAAGGAGCUGCAGAGUAACUUAGGGGUGCCGCCAGGCCGGGGGAACUGCCCGCUCACCAUGCCCCUGCCUUUCGACCUCAUCUACACCGACUACCACGGCCUGCAGCAGAUGAAGCAGCACAUGGGACUCUCCUUCAAGAAGUACCGGUGCCGCAUCCGGGUCAUUGACACCUUCGGGACAGAACCCGCGUACAACCACGAGGAGUACGCCACGCUGCACGGCUACCGGACAAACUGGGGCUACUGGAACCUCAACCCCAAGCAGUUCAUGACCAUGUUCCCUCACACCCCGGACAACUCCUUCAUGGGCUUCGUGUCCGAGGAGCUCAACGAGACGGAGAAGCAGCUCAUCAAAGGCGGCAAGGCCAGCAACAUGGCCGUGGUGUACGGCAAGGAGGCGAGUAUCUGGAAGCUCCAGGGGAAGGAGAAGUUCCUGAGCAUCCUGAACAAGUACAUGGAGAUCCACGGCACCGUGUACUACGAGAGCCAGCGGCCCCCCGAAGUCCCGGCCUUCGUGAAGAACCACGGCCUCUUGCCGCAGCCUGAGUUCCAGCAGCUGCUGCGCAAGGCCAAACUCUUCAUAGGGUUCGGCUUCCCCUACGAGGGCCCCGCCCCGCUGGAGGCCAUCGCCAACGGCUGUGUCUUCCUGCAGUCCCGCUUCAGCCCGCCCCACAGCUCGCUCAACCAUGAGUUCUUCCGGGGCAAACCCACCUCCAGAGAGGUGUUCUCCCAGCAUCCCUACGCGGAGAACUUCAUUGGCAAGCCCCACGUGUGGACCGUCGACUACAACAACUCGGAAGAGCUUGAAGCAGCCAUCAAGGCCAUCAUGAGAACCCAGGUGGACCCCUACCUGCCCUACGAGUACACGUGUGAGGGGAUGCUGGAGCGGGUCCAUGCCUACAUCCAGCACCAGGACUUCUGCGCGGCCCCAGGCCCUGCCCCCCCAGGGGCCCGAGCCCCGGAGAGCCCCUUCUUCCUGGCCCCCAACACCACUCACCUCAAGUGGGCCCGCAACGCCAGCUUGGCACCCGGGGCCUGGCCCCCAGCGCACUCCCUCCGGGCCUGGCUGGCCGCCGCUGGGAGGGCCUGCACGGACGCCUGCCUGGACCACGGGCUGAUCUGCGAGCCCUCCUUCUUCCCCUUCCUCAACAGCCAGGACGCCUUCCAGACGCUGCGGGUGCCCUGUGAUGGUACCGAGUCGGAGAUGAACCACCUGUACCCGGCCUUUGCCCAGCCGGGCCAGGAGUGCUUCCUGCAGAAGGAGCCUCUACUCUUCAGCUGCGCCGGCUCCAGCACCAAGUACCGCCGGCUCUGCCCCUGCCGAGACUUCCGCAAGGGCCAGGUGGCCUUGUGCCAGGACUGCCUGUGA